AAUACGUUCAGUUCAGUUUUUUAGUUUGUCAAGAUGUCUGCACAUACUGUUACUGCUCAAUGUUUGAGCCUGAAUGUGAGAUAUAACAGAAACGUCCAAGAGAACAAUGGAGAGGAAGAGGAGAGGCAGGUGGUGAUAUUAGAGGAUGAAGAGCAUCACGCUGAUCUCGGGCCACAAAGAGCCAGACCACACACUCAAAACAACCCUGCAGCCAACAACAGAAGGUGUUUCAAAGCUACUGCAGUGACUCUGGGAGGGUUUUAUCUUCUGAUGUUGGCUGGACUCUUCAUUCGCCUCACUUUGCUGCAGACCAGAUACGACCAACUGAGCAACAACUACAGUCAGCUCCAGGGGGAAGUUUCAGAGAAGUGCUGUCCUGAUGGAUGGACGACAUUUGGACGCAGUUGUUACUUCAAAUCUAAAGAGAAGAAUACUUGGGAUGGAAGCAGAGCUGACUGUCAGCAGAUAGGAGCAGAUCUGGUCGUCAUAAACAACGAAGAGGAACAGGUUCUGGGCAGCAGGACUGACUCGCAAUGAUGAUCACCUGUACGCUGCUUCAUGCUGCGAUCAACAAGGAAAAU